UAUUGCCCCAACUUGAUUUCCUUGCCAGAUGGGCUGCAGUCACUCGAAACACUGCGAAUUGAAGAGUGUCCACAUUUGGAGAGGCGAUGCGAGAAAGAGAAAGGAGAGGACUGGCCAAAGAUAGCUCAUGUUUGUCGGAUUUGGAUUAAUUUUUGGGAAAUACAAUCCUUGAUCCCACAUGACUAA